CUGAACAGGAGCUCAGCGAAUCAGGAUGCCGGAGCGCAGGGACACCGCUGAUCGUUGCCACGCUGUUCAUCGCUAAAACCGGCUUCCACUGAUGUUCUCCCGCUGCGAAGGAGUUUCAUGAUGGGGCAGUAAAGUGUGCGGGAUUUUGGACACGCAGUUCUUUGGAUACAGCCGGCGCGUAAAGGAGCUCCGCUGUCUCCUGCAGUUUGACAUGGAUCAGUCUCAGCAGUGCGCAGCCGUGUGUCUGUUGAUGAUGUCUCUUGGACUCCUGGUGGACAAAGCGAUCUGUCAGCACUUCCUCCUGCUUCGCCCCAUCCCCAGUGACAGUCUCCCGGUGGUGGAUUUAAAAGAGGACCCGGAUCCGGUCUUUGACCCCAAGGAGCGGGACCUGAAUGAGACCGAGCUCAGGAGCAUGCUGGGGGACUUUGACAGCCGCUUGCUGUCCGUGUCGCUCCCCGUGGAGGACAAACACCCGGGAUCCGACGAGUAUGAUCACUUCGACAUCCUGAAGGCGGGCGGAGUUCUGCCCAAGGAGAUCCGGGCGGUGGACUUCGAUGUGCAGAUCGGCAAGAAGCACAAGCCGAGCAAGAAACUGAAGCGGCGGCUGCAGCAGUGGCUGUGGGCUUACACGUUCUGCCCGGUGGUCUACAAAUGGACCGACCUGGGCAGCAGGUUCUGGCCCCGGUACGUCCGGGUUGGCGGCUGCGUGAGUAAAAGGUCCUGUUCGGUUCCGGAGGGGAUGGUCUGUAGACCCGCGAACUCGACCCACCUGACGGUGCUGAGGUGGAGGUGUUUGCAGAGGAAAAGCGGGCUGAAAUGCGCCUGGAUCCCGGUGCAGUACCCGGUCAUCACGGACUGCAAAUGCUCCUGCUCCAGUUAAAAAGGACGCUGUGAACUCUGAAUGAUAAGCUCAGCUCAAUUCAUCCUCCUCUUUAUUUCCCCACCUGCACUACAGAGUGUAAGAAUGUAUUUCUGUACAUGUGUGGCCAUGCAUCUUUUAACAUCCUGUACAAAAUCAGUAUUAUUUGUAAUCAGAGUCUACUUUAUUUGUGCAAAAUAAUGUUUUUUUAUAUAUAUAUAUUUUGUAUUUAUGGAGAAGUGGCGCAGAGCCACGCGCGGACUUUCUGUUGGAUGAAGCAGAUCAAGCAGAGUUGAACUAUGAUUAUUGAUACACGCAUCAGCGACUCGUUUUAUUCUGUAAAUUUGGGAAAUGUACUAUUUAUUCUUUAUAUUCGUACAAUAAAUCUACACUGAUAUGAUUAAAAAACUGCCUUUUUUAUUUAUUUUUCAUUCAGACUGAUGGAAAUCAGCUGUGCGCACAUAUUUACGCACGCCUUUUACGCACGCAUUUUACGCAGCGCUGAUUGUCUUUCUGCUGUAACACAAAAGCAGACAUAAAUGGUUAAAAUACAAGUAUUCCAUGUGUUUUAAUUAGGCUUUAAGUGUUAUUUCAUAAUGCCUGUUUAAGGUCUGUUAUGAGCUGCGAUUCAUGCAGUUAUUGCCUGAAACAGGCACCUUCCCGGCUGAAGCAGGAGCCUUUCUGAGGUCUCUGCGUGGAUCUUCCCAUUGGAGCCAAAAAAGGAGCUUCUUUCUCCUCCGGCAGGAAGAAAAAAAAUGAACCAAAGAUGGAAUUUAAUACUGGAUCUGUAGGCAUUAAAUGGAAAUGUUAUGCAAACAGAGAAAAACAGACACACAUAACUUAAUUUACUCUUGACCUUUGACCAUAUUUUGCUUUAAUGUAUUCUGUGUCCUUAUAAUUUUUAUACAAGUGGCAUAAAAUAUCUAUAAUAAAAGCUGAAUGUGGUUAAACAGCUCAGAUUCAGGGUGUAUUAUUCAUUCUAAAAUCCAAAAA